AUGAAACGUGGUAAGACCAGCAAACUUGUGUACUCAAAGACCUCCACUGCAUUAAGAGAAUAUAAGGAACUUAUAAAGAAAAUAAAAGAGGUACCUACGAAUCCUGACGAUAUAAUUAGAAGUGAUGAAUCAGUUUAUGAGGAUACUAGAGAAGAGCCACAAUUUGAUACCAGUGAUGAGGAAUACGCUGACCGUGAGAACAUUGAGUUAAUUGAUAUAAGUGCAAAACUAGGAGACCUUCCAGGGCUAACAAUGCAAGAAAAUAAUAAACUGAGAGGGGUACUUAACCCACCUGACGGAUCAAGUAUAGAAGGCAGAACAGACCCCAAUGGAGCAUUGCAAAUACAAGCUGACUACUUUAAUGAAGCUAUUGGUGAAACCGUGGAACGCGCCACCUCUGCGGAAGGUACAACUGAGUAUAAUUCCCUUAUAGAAAGAAUUGACAGUUUGAAGGAAGCUAGAGAUCGAACCCUAGAACAGAGAACAAUAGAGGAAGCAAGAGAGGCACAACUGAAGGACAUUUCUAGAUUACGUAGAUUUAUAGACUGGGUAGGAAAGGAGAAAGUGGGACUUGCAGGGAUAGCAGUGUCAACAGCUAGUUUAAUUAUAGCCUUAUUAAUCCAUGCUAGGGGAGCCAUUGUGAAGACAGCAAAGGUCACUGGUAAAGUAGCAAAAGCAUUAGCGAAUUUAGCAAAGAAAGCAGGAAAAUGUUAA